AUGAGCGCGUCGGCGGCGGCGGCGGCGGCGGCGGCCGUGCUGCUGGACCUCGCCCCGCGGGGGCGCGGGCGGCUGCUGGGCUACGAGCGCGCGCUCUUCACGCCGCUCUACACGUUCACGUACCGGCUGGGCUGCGGCGCCGAGGCGCGGCCCGUCCGAGAGGUGGACGGUGACGUCGCGGCCAUGCUGCGGGCGUUGCCGCCGGUGGGCGGGGCCAUCCGCCUGCUGACGUCGUCGCUGAUCCCAGAGUGCUUCGGCCACGGCUUCAGCACGCGCGGCGGCGGCGUGUCCCGCGUGCCCGCCUUGUCCUCGUUGAACCUGUUCAGCAGCCCCCGCCGGCGAGACUCCGCCGCCCUGGUCCAGGAGAACCGGCGCCGUCUGGCGCUUCACGCCGGCUUCUACCCGCGCCCGCUCCAGAUGCUCAAGGUGGAGCAUCGCGGCCGCGUGUGGGUGUUGGGCAAAGCCGAGCCGGAGCGCUACGACGCGGCGGUGACGGACCGGCCCGGCCGGGUCCUGGCCGCGCCGGGCGCCGACUGCGUCCCCGUGCUCUUUGCGGAUCCCGUGGCCAAAGCGGUGGGCGUCGCUCACGCAGGCUGGAGGGGAACGCUGCUGGGCGUGGCGGCGGCGACGGUGGCGGCCAUGACGACGGAGCUGGGCUGCGCUCGCGCCGACAUCCUGGUGGUCUUGGGGCCCUCGGUGGGCCCGUGCUGCUUCGCGCUGGAGCCGGAACAGGCGGCCCGCUUCCGGCCGGACUGCGUGCGCCGGGCGCAGGGGCGCAGGCCCAACGUCGACCUCCGACUGGCCAACAGGCGGCAGCUGGAGGAGGCGGGCAUCCCGCCGCACCACAUCCAGGACGACUCCAGCGUGGCGCCGUGCACGGCGUGCCACCCGCGAGACUUCUUCUCGCACGUGCGGGACGGAGCCGAAUUUGGCACCCAGGCGGGCUUCGUGUGGAUCAAGGACGAGGCGGGGGCGCCGCCCGGAUCCGCCCGGGAGGCUUCGGAGCGCCCUUCUUCGGCUCGCUCCCGGAGUCCGGAGUGAGCGACGACCUCGCCGGGCCUUUUGCGGCCCGGC